AUGGGAUUCUUCAGGCAAGAUACUGGAGUGAGUUGCCAUGACUCCCCUCCUCCAGGGGACCUUCCCAAACUGGAGAUCAAACCUGGGUUCUCGUGGCAGCUCCUGCAUUGCAAGCGAAUUCUUUACAGCCAAGCCACUGGGAAACCCUUCAUAAACAGAAGUGCAUUCAUUUAUUCUCUCAAUCAACAAACAAUUAUUGGAUAUCUGCUACUGAGCUGGAUAUUUGGGGGGUGCAAUUAUAUGUUAGGUAUUAUUCAUGUCAUGAAGAGCUUACAUUUAAGUUCAGGAGGAAUUCCUUGA